AUGUCCGACUCGGAGGAUAUUAUCGACCUCCCCGAGGAGGGUGGUGACGACCUCUUUGGAGACGAGGGGGACGAGGUGAUGUCGGAUCAGGGCAAUAUGCUUAGCGAUCGCGACCUGGAAUCGGACAGAGAGGAUGACCGUGACCGCAUCGAAGAUGAGGACGAUUACCCGCGUGAGGAUAGAGACUCUCACCACCUGGCCGAAUCGAUCCCUCUCUACCGGCAUCGAAUCCCAAAAUCAAAAGACAACACGCUUCACAACCUCAAAGUACCAAACUUCCUCAAGUUCAACCCAGUGGAAUACAAACCCGACGAGUGGCAGCCCUCCAAGUGGGAGCUCAACAAUGCCAAUUCCGAAAACCCCAUCCCAUCAAUCAUGUGGCGCCGCGAUCACAAGACGGGGAAGCUUAAGAGCAAUGCCAACAUUCACAGAUGGAGCGAUGGUUCCACGACCCUCCAGAUCGGAGACGAUCACUACGAGAUCACAUCCAACUCACUCGUCGGACCGCCUAAUGAGCCGUAUCAAGACGUUAAGGAUGCACAUGAAUACGCGGCAGCUGCCCAUCUAACGACCAAUUCCUUGUUAAUCGUCGGUCACUACACCGAGCAAUACUCCAUCAAGCCUCCCGAGGAACUCCAGGAUGCCGCCUUCGACCGCCUGGUGGCAGGUCUUAAUAUGAACAAGAAGGAGAGCACCACCAGCAGGCUCAUCGCCACCAACGAGGACCCCGAGCGCAAGAAGAGAGAGGCCGAGCUCGCCGAGAAGGAACGGGCAAAGAACCAGCGCCGUCGGGAGACAGCGGCUGCGCGCUCUGAGGGAGCAGGGAGUCGGUACAAGGGCGGGGCUCUUUCCAUUGGCGACUUGGAGGGUAGGCGUGGAGCGGGAGGAUCCAGGAAACGUGGUGCGCCGGGCGGAGCCAAGAAGAAGCAUCGCCGUCCUGAAUAUGAUUCUGACGAUGAUCUUCCCAGCGGGGCGCGCCGCACGGACAACUACGACAUGGACGACGGGUUUUUGGUCGGUAGUGACGAAGAUGAUGAUGUCGUCGAGGAUGACGAGGAGGAGGAUAUUCUGGAUGAUGAGGAUGAGGAUGAGAGGCCGAGGGCGAAGAGGCAGAGGACGGCUGACCCGGAGGAGGAUGCUGAUGGGGAUGAUGAUGACGACGCCCCGGCUGCUUCUCAUCGCCGCAGGAGGCGGGUUGUUAAUGAUGAUGAUGACGAAUAG